UCCAUUGAAACACUCCUUGGUUGGUGGGCGAAACAUCGAAAAAAACGUCACCUGCUCCGAGGGAGACAGAUUUUCCGCCGAGUUGGGCCUCUCUCUUCCGCUUCCUCAAUGUGAAACUUCCGGAAGUGAACGGAUGACCGUGAACUAUUCAGCUAUGUGGUAUGAAAUUCUUCCCGGUCUCGGAGUCAUGACUGUUUGUCUCAUCCUUCCUGGGGUUUUCACUGCACAGAUCCACAAACUCACCAACGGGGGGAAGGAAAAGAGAAUCGCCCGGGUUCCAUAUCAGUGGUAUCUGAUGGAGAGAGACAGACGUGUGUCAGGAGUGGAUUUGUAUUACAAAUCGAAGGGACUUGAGAAUAUCCACUGAUCCCAGAUCUCACCUAUGGAAUGGAUUUCUGUCAAGAAUUCGUUGUACAUUAAAAGUUAUGUAUUGUCUGAAUUAA